GUUCCAAAGGAUCGGUCAUAAAAAAGCAAUCGCCAUCUCAAUCUCGUACUCAAGAUUGCGUAAACAGGGAUGCAUGUUGCUUUUUCCAGACAGAGCGUUAGUCACUGUUUUCACUACCACCUGGUACCUGAUCGGCCAGCUGAGGAUACGGGGCUGCAGGGCACCACCGCCCACCAGAUCCUUGUACCUCUCGGUGACCCCCGCCGUACUUUGCGCUCAUCUCCUCCACUGCCCAACCCUGGCCCUCGACCCAAGAUUUCUCCUCUUCAACCAACCUGGUCGUUGCUUGCUUAGGCGGGCUCCAUCUCACCAAACGCCUCUUACCAUAUCGGAGCCAUCCCUGUCCGCAUCGUAUCGUCCAUCCAUCCAUCGCCGUCCAUGGAACUUUUCAGCUCUUCGCUCUCUCUCGGCCCGGCUCUGUUUGUCUAAUCCCUACCGAUCUCGGCUACCACUUGCGUCUUUCGUCCAUCACGCCUUGGCCCUGCAUCUGGACCUGGGCUUAGACUCGAGCUCCAAAGCUUUGUUUUCAGCGCCAGUUUGUCGUCUAAGCGGGGCCUUCAAUCUGCAAGAACGGAGAAUGGAGUUGCACCUAGCGGUAGUGCGGGCUGCUGGCGCUCGAUGGUCGUCAUUGUGGCGGCGACGGCGUCUUCACUUCUUUUCUCGACGGGUCAGGGGUAUUCUGGUCUGGUCUGGUCAGGGCAGGGCGAUACUGGGCUCUACAGCGGCUUCGCGCGUCAACGAGUGUAAUCUCAGCGUACUGUAGUGAAACAGCACUCGUACAGAAGCAAGCCAGCGUUCAGCUCUCACAGUGUUUCCCCCGAACAAGGAAUGCCUGUCCAUCUCACUCAGGCCAUGAUCAAUCACCGGCCUUCUUCUUCAUCACGUCGCCGGCCAGAUUACUUGGCGGGUACUCGAAGGGGCCAAGGCGCCCAUCCACCAUCCACCACCCACACCACCAAGCUGUGCUCAUAGCUGCUGGGAUCACUGCACUG